CUGCAACGGAGUAGAAGUAAAACAGAGGCCAACAUACAGCAGAAGCAGUUCCUGUAAAGCAGCGCACGGCCAAAGCCAAGGUCGUUGAUGCUGAUCACCACCGUGCUCGCAUAGUGUAGUGGUGCUACUGUGUGUGGCUUUCCAGUGGGGCUAGCUGAGCUGAGCUGACUCCUCAAAAGCAGAGGCAAGAAGCCGAGAGGCGAGGCGAGGGGGCAGAAUCAUUCGGCCGCAAAGCUUGCCGGCGCCACCUCGUCGGCGCUGUCCCCGCUUUCCUGGGCCGCGUGGGGGCCGCGCCUCCCUAUCUUCUCCGCUGGUCCUGCUCGGCGUCUGAUUGGAUUUCGGUGUGCUGCCGCUGUCGUCGCACCACCACCACCACCACCACCACCACCGCAAGCACCUAGCUUUUCCUCCUGAGGGAGAGAGAUGCUUCCCCUGCUCCUUAUAUCCACGCUCCCGGCCUUCACGCUGCUCCUCGUCGCGCCCGCCUCCUACAAGCCCUGGAAGCUCGCGCGGGAGCUCGGCCUCGUCGCGCUGCUGCUGGUGCGGGAGCUGCUCUGCCACUCUGCCGCCGCCGCCGCCGCGCCGGGCAGGAAGGACCGGGGCGCCAGGAGAAUGCCGCCGCCGCCGGCCAAGGCGAAGCAGGCGCCGCCCGCAUUGGCCUUGGACGACGACGCGCUCCCGCUGCUCGACCUGCCGGAGCUCGCGCUGGACCGCGUGCUCGAGGAGCUGGCCCCGGCGUCGCUCGCCGCCAUGGCCUGCGUCUGCGCGGGGCUCAGGGACCGCUGCUCCAUGGACAGCCUCUGGGCGCGCCACGUCCGGGCCAAGUGGGGCCGCGUGCUCGGCGCCGCCGCGCGCGAGGAGUGGGAGGCGGAGCUGGCCGCCAGAGCGGCGGCGGCCGCCCGCCCGCGCCCGAACAGGCGGAGGAGCUGGGCCGACUCGCUGGCGUGCGCGUGGCCCUUCUCCUGGAUCGGCUGCAGCUGGGUCAAAGCAGAAACGCCCGCCGCCCCCGCCGUCCACCCAGCACCGGCGCCGCCGGCCGACACGGUCGCCGCGUGGUACCGCGCGCUCGAGUGCGGCGAGUUCUGGUUCCCCGCCCAGGUGUACAACCGCGAGGACGGGCAUGUCGGCUUCCUGCUGUCGUGCUACGACGCCCACCUCCGCUACGACCGGCGAACAGACACAUUCACCGCCAGGUACCCGCCGCACGGCCGGAAACCGGCCAAGGAGGAGGACGGCGUGCAGUGGAGCAGGGUCCGCGCGGCGCCGGUGAGCACGCCGGCGCAGGACCUCCAUGUCUCGGGCUGCUUGGAUAGCUUGCACCCCGGCGAUCACUUCGAGAUCCAGUGGAGGAAGAACAAGGAUUUCCCCUACGGCUGGUGGUAUGGUGUCGUGGGUCACCUGGAGUCGUGCAAUCCGAACGAGCAUCUCUGCCGCUGCCAUGAAGAUGAUACGAUCAUGCUGGAGUUCAAGCACUACGCGGCUGGGUCGAGGUGGAGGCAGACCACGGUGAGCAGGAAAGACCACAGGGAGAAAGGGGACGAGGCGGAUGGCUUCUACGGAGGCAUCAGGAAGCUCCAGACCAAAGACGAGAUUUCCACGUGGCGCAGGUUCUGGCCCGUCGAUGUCCUCAGCUGAAGCCUGAAGAUAUUCUCGCUAUCCAUGUACAUUACUGCCGAGCUGCAGCGUUCUGUGCUCCUCUGAAGAAUCCUCACCUCCCUCUGCUGCUGCCGCUCUUCCGAAUGUUUUUGAUAGAGGUGAAGGUGAAGCGCAGUAUUUGCUCUCUGUCGUCGAAGAUCCAGCAGAGAAGCAGCCAUAGGUCAUGUGAAUGGUGAUGUAUAGUUUUACCAAAAUUUCAGUUUGUGCGGUGCUGUCUCCGGAUCCUAGUAGAUACGUAGAGUUGUACUUCUUCUGAAUGUUACGUCAUAAAUCGAUGUGCAGUUGUAUUUACUAUUUAGGCCAUGUUUCAUGUCAUGCUAGUCAGGGGAUAUCGACCUAUCCGGGUACAUGAUUUGCUCUGUGUUGUAGAAGAUGUAGCAGAGAAGCAAUGAUAGGUUGUGUGACUGAUGAGGUACAAGUACAACAUUACACUGUUUUCCAA